UCUCCUGAAGAGAUAAGACUUACUUUCUUAGACUCUCUAACCCUCUCCAAAUUUUGAUUUAGGCAUAUAAUGGAGUUGAUUUCGGUUGUUGAAUCUCUGGAGCACCAAACCAUCCUAGUUACUGGCGCAACUGGUUUUCUUGCUAAGCUUUUUGUGGAGAAAUUGCUCAGGGUACAGCCUAAUCUGAAGCAACUUUAUCUUCUUAUAAGAGCUCCCAACUCCGCGGCUGCUGCUCAGCGUCUCGAUAACGAGGUGUCCGGCGAGGUGUUCAGGGUUUUGAGAACAAAACAUGGUGGCACAUAUAACGCUUUUAUUUCUGAGAAGGUGACACCAGUUGCCGGUGACAUUUCUCUUGAAAACUUGGGAAUUAACGACUCGAAUAUGAUUAAUAAGAUAUCGAAGGAAGUUAAUAUUGUUGCUAAUUUUGCCGGAGUUACAAAAUUUGAUGAAAGAUAUGAUGUGGCAAUGCUUACUAAUACUAUGGGAGCUAAGAAUGUUUCGGAAUUCUCCAAGAAGUGUGAAAAGCUGAAGUUGCUUCUUCACGUAUCAACGGCGUACGUGUGUGGUGAGAAGUCAGGAUUGAUAUUAGAGAAUCCUAUAAGAAUGGGCGAACCGCUGAACGGGACAAAGUCACCUGAGUUAUUAGACAUUGAAGUAGAGAUGACGCUUAUGUCAGGAAGACUGAAUGAACUCAAAGCUAACCAAGCUUCCCAGAAAGAAGAAAUGAUUGCCAUGAAGGAGUUUGGCGUUGAAAGGGCAAGAUUAUUUGGAUGGCAAAAUUCUUAUGUGUUUACAAAGGCAAUGGGAGAGAUGAUAAUUAGUGAAUCUAAAGGACAUGAUCAUAAAAUUGUUAUAUUAAGACCCACUAUUGUUACUAGUACUCUCAAAGACCCAUUUCCUGGUUGGAUCGAAGGCGUUAGGACCAUUGAUGGUUUCUUCCUUGCUUUUGGUAAAGGGAAGUGUAGAUGCAUUGCAGGGAAUUCUCAGAUCAUCGUAGAUGUGAUUCCAGCAGACUUGGUGGUGAAUGCGGCAAUAGUUGCAAUGGUUGGUCAUGCACACCAGCCAUCAGAUGGUGAUGAUAGGCCGUUCAUAUACCACUCGGCUUCGUCUGCUAAAGCGCCAUUUCAUCAUGGGAUUAAGUUGAUAGAUUAUGGUUAUAAUUAUUUCUCUAAGAAUCCAAUGCUAUCACCACCGUCGAAGGGGGGAAGUUUUGGAAAACCUAUCAGGAUCUCUUCUCCUAUAAUUUUCCCCACCAUGACGAGCUUCUUAAUAUUCUUCUACGUUACUUGUGUAUUUCCUGUCAAGGUUAUGUUGCUGUUGAAUACAGUAUUUGGCAAUUAUUUCCAUGAUAUAUGUAGCAUUGAGGAACGGAAGAUUAAUCUCCUUUUACGAAUGAUUGAACUUUAUAAACCAUACGCUACCUUUAAAGGAAUCUUUGAUGACUCGAAUACGGAGAAGCAAAGAAUGGAGGUUAGAUUGGAUGAAGCAGAGACAAAUAUGUUAUACUUUGAUCCCAAAUGCAUCAACUGGGAGGAUUACUUCAUGAAUGUUCAUAUUCCGGGUCUUGUCAAAUAUGUUUUUAAGUGAUAAUGCGUUGGAUCUCCUCUGAGAAGUUUUAUCAUGGUUGCUAAUGCUGAUAUUAAUUGUAGAUUUAAUAUCCUAGCUAUACAUUAUAAUGACAAUGAUGAUGAUGAUUAUCCACCUGUUCAUCAUCACAGAUUUUGGAAAACGGGGUGACAAAGAUACUCCUCCUCUGUUGGAUGGUGCUUAGCCUGCGUAAGAAGAAAAUAAAAUAAAGAAUCACUUGAAAGCUCCUGAAUUUUUUCCUAUUCGGAUGGAGCACUUUAUAUGAGCUUAUUGAUAUAAUUUUUCGCUUCACCGAUUCUUUUACUUAUAUUUUUAUCUUCUGUUUCUUUCUUCA